UCCGAUCCAGAGAAAACCGAGGUAGAGCGCAGAGACGGGAGCCGCUGUUUCCAAUUCACCAUCGCAGAAGAACCCAUUUCAUUUCGUUCGUUUUCCGUUAGCAUUCUCGAUUCAGCGACGACACUGGGAUUCUGACAGUCAUUGCGAAUUCCCGAGCAAAGAGUCAGGUCUGACUGUCAUGUGUGAUCCAUCUUUUUUGCGCCUUGCAUCGCAGACCGUACCAGGCUUGUGCAUUUUAAAUAUAUAGGGCGCUUACAUGUACUGUGUACAUGUCUCCGCGUAGAAUGACUACAGUAUGUGAGAGGACGACGCUGAUGCCAAUGGAUAUUCCGAGGGAUGAUGCGUGAAAAAGCGGAUUUAUUCCCGUCGAAGAUAAGAUGUGUAUCGGUGUGGCGUGGGAGAAAAUGUAUUUGGCUCCAGCUAGAAAAUGAAGAUGGGAAGAAGCGCCUUGUCCUGUAGCCCAGCGGCGAGAGCCAGUCGUUAUUUACACGUCUAAAUCUGCGCACAAGAUAAUGAUACUGACGCUGUGUCUCAGGAUUAAACGAUACCACAAAACACAGCAGAAAUAGUGUAAUUGUGCUAUUAAACUCUGCUUGAUUUAGACACCGUGUGAUGGGAAUAUACUGCUAAGGCUUGGCCUAGCUUUAUGGAAAACCCGAAGACAUGACAUGCACACGAAAAAAGAGGAAACGAUAUUUUUUGGUUUUUAAAACCCGUAUGUGUGUAAUAUUCCAGCUUCUGGCAUAAUAUUGUUUCAGCCGUUCAGCAAAGGACUUUCCAGUGAAACAGAUAUUGUUUCUGUUUUUUUCAGACGUGACCAUUCCCUGUAUUAAUUAAUUCAUUAAUUAUUUUUUUUUUCAUUCUCUGUUGUUCAUAAAGGACGUCGAGGUUCAUCUUGGAUUACAAUUUGGAUUCAUGUGCGAUUCCUUGAACGCGUUGUGUCGGGUCGAAAAAAACGCAUUUGCACCUUUUUGUGUGUGUUUUUAUUUUUUAUUUAUUUUUAUUUUUUCAUAUAUUUGCAACAAGCUCCCGUUAAGGCCUACCAUCGAGUCAAGAUCCAUUGUCUGGAGGAAGAUCGAGAAUUAUAGGUGUGGAGGCCAGAAGAGGUGGUACAUUUGAAGGGAGGCAUCCGAAGAGAACUGUACAAAAAUGGGGCAAUGCAGAUCAAGCUUCUCUCCUUCCAUUUGAGACAACAACGAAAGGCAACCACGAGGACGGACGACAGCUCAGCCGGAGGAGGCGGAGGUGGAGGAGGGAGUGGAGGAAGCGAGGGUAAAGGAGGAGUUGAAGGAGGAGGAGUGCGAUUUGAGCAGCAAAAGGUAUGGCCAACGGAAACGCAAGCAGCGAUGGGCCUGGGAACCCCUUGGCGGCCGUGGUGUCCACAACUGGUGGUGUAAUGGGUGGAGCACCUUCCUCGGCCGUGUCUACCUAUGUUAAACUUGUCCUUCUGGGUCUGAUCAUCUGCAUCAGCCUGGUGGGCAAUUUAGUGGUAUCCCUGCUAGUGUUACGGGACAGAGCCCUACACAAGGCACCCUACUACUUUCUUCUGGACCUCUGCCUCGCCGACACCAUCCGCUCGGCGGUCUGCUUUCCCUUUGUCCUGGUGUCCAUCAAGAACGGCUCGGCCUGGACUUACAGCGUGCUCAGCUGCAAGGUGGUGGCCUUCAUGGCCGUCCUUUUUUGCUUCCAUGCUGCCUUCAUGCUGUUCUGCAUUAGCGUCACACGCUACAUGGCCAUCGCCCACCACCGCUUCUACUCCAAGCGAAUGACCUUCUGGACGUGCGUGGCGGUGGUGUGCAUGGUGUGGACCCUCUCAGUCGCCAUGGCCUUCCCACCAGUCUUUGACGUCGGCACCUACAAGUUCAUCCGUGAGGAGGACCAGUGCAUCUUUGAACAUCGCUACUUCAAAGCCAAUGACACGCUAGGCUUCAUGCUAAUGCUGGCUGUGCUGAUCCUGGCCACUCACGUGGUCUACAUGAAGCUUCUGCUAUUCGAAUACAAGCACCGAAAGAUGAAGCCGGUCCAGAUGGUUCCAGCCAUCAGCCAAAACUGGACCUUUCACGGACCUGGAGCCACAGGCCAGGCAGCCGCAAACUGGAUAGCAGGGUUCGGCCGUGGCCCGAUGCCCCCCACUUUAUUGGGCAUCAGGCAGAACUUGCACAACCAGAACAGACGCCUGCUAGGCAUGGAGGAGUUUAAGGCAGAGAAGCAGCUUGGCAGGAUGUUCUAUGUCAUCACCUUGUUUUUUCUGGUGCUCUGGUCCCCGUACAUUGUGGCCUGUUACUGGCGGGUCUUUGUGAAGGCGUGCACCAUCCCGCACCGGUAUCUUUCCACCACCGUGUGGAUGAGUUUCGCCCAAGCAGGCGUGAACCCCAUCAUCUGCUUUUUCCUCAACAAGGACCUGAAGAAGGGCCUGCUGGCCCACCUGCCUCCCUGCUGUAGAACUCCACCUCAACUGCCCCGUGAGCCUUACUGUGUCAUGUGAAGAUGAGUGUUCAUUCAUAAUGUUUUGGGGUUUUUUUCUUUCUCUUCUGGAUGGUCGGAGAAUGGACAGCCAGGGGGAGGGAAUAAGAAGGCUUUAAAGAUGGAGAUACGAAUGAACUUUAAGAGCUGUUGUGGCCUUUGAUUCAGUUUAAGAUGCUUUAAAAGGGUGGAUGUCAUGGAAUAAGCAUCUACUGUCACCUUAAUGAUUUUAAGGGGGAAAUGGGCUCUACGCUAAUGUGUGGUUUGGUAUAUCAACUCUAAACUGGUUUGAAGAACCGUAUGUUUUGCGCUAGAAUGGUAUAAAUCAACCAAACUGGUGGUCUAUUUUAUGGUGAAUGUAUGAAGGCUAUUUUAAAUGGCUUCUCAUGAUCGAUCUCUGCAAACAUUACCAUUUGGUUUGGCUCAGUAUCUGUAUCCCUUUACCAGGAUCCUGAGGGCCUCGAAUCAAAGAUUUACUAAAAUAUUGUUCAUGCCUUGUGAACAGUUGCACUCCUGGCAGAGUAAUUUAUAUUAUUUGAACUACUGAUUCAAAAAUACUCUAUGUGCAUGUGUAUUACCUUAUCUUUAAGGGGAAACAAACUUGAGAUUAAACUAUUUUUAAGAAUGAGUGCCAAGCAUAAGCCUCAAGGAAUGAAUGAGGCUGACAAGAAAAAAAAAAAGAGAGAGAGACAAAGUUCCUAAAAUUAUGCUAAUUGGUUGGGCUGAAUCAUUCCUGUGGCUUCAUCAGGCAGGAAUUAAGAUGCUCAUGAAAACAGUGUGUAUACAAAGGCAACUUCCAGAACAAAUGAUGUUUUCCUCUCAAGUUGAUUCAAAGGGAUUGUAGAUGAAAGGAGCUGACUGAAAAUAUGAAUCUGGGAGAAAUAUGGCCUAUUUGGGUUUGUAGGCGCCCUUUCCCUAAGCAACAUGUAAUUUAUUGUUUGUUUGUUUUUAUCUCUUUCUCUCUCUCCCAACUCUAUUUAAUUUAUAAAAUAUUUUCUAGCAUUGCA